GUGGUUACCAAGGUUCCAUUUUUAUUGAGAAAUACACUCAGAGAGUAUCAACAUAUAGGCCUCGAUUGGUUAGUUACAAUGUAUGAACAAAAUCUAAAUGGUAUUUUAGCUGAUGAAAUGGGUCUUGGCAAAACUAUUCAGACUAUAGCCUUAUUAGCUCAUUUGGCUUGUGAAAAGGAAGAUUGGGGUCCUCAUUUAAUUGUAGUUCCUACAUCUGUGAUGCUUAAUUGGGAAAUGGAAAUAAAAAAAUGGUGUCCUAGUUUUAAAAUUUUAACUUAUUAUGGUUCCGUUAAAGAAAGAAAAAAUAAAAGAAUUGGUUGGACUAAACCGAAUACAUUCCACAUUUGUAUAACAUCGUAUAAAUUAGUAAUAACUGAUCAUCAAAGUUUUCGCAGAAAGAAAUGGAAAUAUUUAAUUCUAGAUGAGGCUCAAAACAUAAAAAAUUUUAAAUCUCAGCGUUGGCAACUCUUACUAAACUUUCAGUCUGAAAGAAGGUUGCUAUUAACGGGAACACCUUUACAGAAUAAUUUAAUGGAGUUAUGGUCUUUAAUGCAUUUUUUAAUGCCAAACUUGUUUGCAUCUCAUCGUGAAUUYAAAGAGUGGUUUUCAAACCCUGUUACUGGAAUGAUUGAAGGGAAUGCAGAAUAUAAUGAAAAUAUCAUAAAAAAAUUGCAUAAAGUUUUAAGACCAUUUAUUCUUCGAAGAUUAAAAUGUGAAGUAGAAAAACAGUUGCCAAAAAAGUAUGAGCAUAUCAUUAUGUGUAGAUUAUCUAAACGCCAGCGAUAUCUGUAUGAUGACUUCAUGUCAAGAGCAAAGACGAAAGAGACUCUUGCAAGUGGUAAUAUGUUAAGUGUAAUCAAUGUUCUAAUGCAACUUAGAAAAGUUUGCAAUCACCCAAAUUUGUUCGAACCUCGUCCUACUAUUUCUCCAUUUCAAAUGGAAGCYCUAACAUAUUCAGUCCCUCGUUCCAUAUUUAACAUGAUGGAAUAUGAUCCCUAUAAUGAGAUUGAUUUAAGUUCUGUAAAUUUACUAUUUACAAACUUGGAACGAUUAAUGAGUGCUUGGGCAGCUCACCGUCUAAAGCGUUAUCAAUUACCAAAUUGUGUAUUCGAACAAUUUGAUUCUUUACCUGAUAAACCUAUAAGACUGCCUAAAAUUAAAAUGAAUUUUAACAUGAAGCUGCCUAAAAACUUAAACAUCAUUUCUAAGAUCAAUUUAUGCAAUCCACAAAAUAAAUUAGUUAAUGUCAGACUUAAACAUAAUCUGCCAAUUGUGAAAUUUUUAGCAGAAAAGGGAAUUAGAGAUUUAAAACUUAGAUCUAUUAAUAGUAAUGUAUCAAGGCAUUCAUCAUAUUCAAAUAUUUUAUCAUUAACUCCAAAAUUAAAUCAAAUCAAACAAUAUUCUAAUGAAAACAAUCAAUGUGAACUU